AUGACAGUUGACACUACAUAUAUCUAUGACAUGACAUAUUUACGUAGUUUGUGAUUUUUGAUAUUUUUAUUUACUUUCGUGAAAAUUAACAAAGGUGGUUGAUUGUGCAUAAAAAUGGCACUAACGAAUGUAUUGCUAUUAAGUCAAAUAGCUGGCUAUGUGUUUGGCCUUAUUUUGUCGUUAUGCAUUAUUGUGCCUUUGAGUAUGCACCAAGAUGAAUUCAAUGGCCACUGUCUCCUAUUCUCGAAGGGCACCUGGCAAGAGGAAGAUGGUCAGCUGCUGGUGAUGUGGGCUUCUAGAGCCUACUGCAACUAUGUUAUUGUUGUUGGCAUUCUCAUGUUUAUCGUAUGCUGCAUUCAAAUAUACAGGUUAUCAGUAUUUGUCUGUAAAGGUAUAGACAGUUCAUUCCUCUCAGCCUUCAUAGAGGCUGUGGGAUGUGUGAUCUUCUGCGGUCUGGCCAUCACGGCAGCCCUGAUUGUCACCUUGGGCUUCAUGACUUGGUGUCAGAAUAUUGUUGAACGGUUUCCUAGUUGUGAAGAUGCGACCGGCCAGGAUAUAGAUAAAAAGGACCAAAUUUCUACACAUGGUUUUUACAUUGAGCUCGGUACGGCGCAGUUCGGUGCCUGGGCCCUGUUCGCCCUGUGGGUCGGUCUGGCGGUGUUCAGCACCCUGAAGGUGUGUCGCUACCACCAGCUGCAGAACAUCCAGGUGUCCAUGUACCGCGAGAGGCAGCGGCUCGUCAACGAACCGCCCGGUCGGUCAACACCCCCCAUCGACUCGAUCCACAAUUCAAACUACCCGCAUAGUAUUGAUAAUUCUAAAAUAACCGCAAAUUGAAAAUUUGUUUAUAUUCAUUAUACUUGCAACAUGUGGAGUAGAAAUUUAAAAGAACAUAGCGUAUCUGUUGAAGCGGCAAUGUUUCGUUGUAUGAGGGUAAAUUAAAGAGAACUAAAAGUUUUUAUCGUUUGAAAUUCCCGCUUAAAAACAUAUAUUUUUUAAUUUAUCAACAAAGAUUUAAAAGAUUAUUGUAUUCAUUAAAUCAUUAAUGAUUCAUGUAAAAAAAAAACGUAACUUUUUUAUGUGAUUUGCUCUGUUCAAAUAAACCAUUGUUCUGUUUAAAACUAUAUUAAUUACAGUUUGGUUUCAAUGUUAACGCCACUGUAGUUGAUUCUGAAAUCAUUAUUUACAGCUUCGUUUCUCUUUAAGAUUUACCCCUACACGCCACACUAUGUUAAAUCAAAGAAUAAAUGUCCAUCAUGUGCUUUUAAUUGUUGCCAUAUCCAAAUAUAAAUACAGUUUCAGAUUUAAAUUAUUAUUUGCAGUGAUAGUAAUAAAUUUGUCUUGAUUAUCUGUUCCUAGUAGGAAUAUUAUCAAUGAAUUGACUAAUUUACUUAAGACUUAUUUUAAAAUGGAUUGAUUCUUCACAGUCAACAUUGCUAACAGGAAUAUGCUACAUUUUCAGCAAUUAAAUAACAUCAAUUGCAAUUGAAAUCGUAAUUUUAGAAUUACAAACUUAAUACAACAUUGUUAGCUUUGGUCUGUGAGACUCAAUAAA